CUCCGUUUCCACCCCUCUGGUAAGUUUUUUUUCUGUCACAAUUCCGCGCUCCCGCUCUCCCGGCUAACUCCCCCGCUCUUACAGUCAACCUGUCCAUCCUCAAGUUCCUCGGUUUCGAGCAGAUCUUCAAGAAUGCCCUGACCGGCCUCAGCAUGGGUGGUGGUAAGGGUGGUUCCGACUUCGACCCCAAGGGCAAGUCCGACAACGAGAUCCGCCGCUUCUGUGUCUCCUUCAUGACCGAGCUGUGCAAGCACAUCGGUGCCGACACUGACGUGCCCGCCGGUGAUAUCGGUGUCACCGGCCGUGAGGUCGGUUACAUGUUCGGCCAGUACAAGAAGAUCCGCAACCAGUGGGAGGGUGUCCUCACCGGUAAGGGUGGCAGCUGGGGUGGUUCUCUCAUCCGUCCCGAGGCCACCGGUUACGGUCUGGUCUACUACGUCCAGCACAUGAUCCAGUACGUCUCUGGCGGCAAGGAGUCCUUCAAGGGCAAGCGUGUCGCCAUCUCUGGCUCUGGCAACGUCGCCCAGUACGCUGCCCUCAAGGUCAUCGAGCUCGGCGGUACCGUCCUCUCCCUGUCUGACUCCAAGGGCGCUCUGGUCGCCACGGGUGAGGCUGGCUUCACUCCCGAGGAGAUCGCCCAGGUCGCCCAGGUCAAGGUUGACCGCAAGCAGCUCACCGAGCUGGCCACCACUGACGCCUUCAAGGCCAAGUUCAAGUACCUCGAGGGUGCCCGCCCCUGGGUCCACGUCGGCAAGGUCGACGUCGCCCUCCCCUGUGCCACCCAGAACGAGGUCUCUGGCGAGGAGGCCAAGGCCCUGAUCGCCGCUGGUGCCAAGUUCAUCGCCGAGGGUUCCAACAUGGGUUCCACCCAGGAGGCCAUCGACGUCUUCGAGGCUCACCGUGAGGCUAACAAGGGUGCCGAUGCCAUCUGGUACGCCCCCGGUAAGGCCGCCAACGCCGGUGGUGUCGCCGUCUCCGGUCUCGAGAUGGCCCAGAACUCCGCCCGCCUCAGCUGGACCGAGGAGGAGGUCGACAACAAGCUCAAGUCCAUCAUGGAGGACUGCUUCUACAACGGUCUCAACACCGCCAAGGAGUACGUCACCCCUGCCGAGGGUGUCCUCCCCUCCCUCGUUGCCGGUAGCAACAUUGCUGGUUUCAAGAAGGUCGCUGCCGCCAUGCACGACCACGGUGACUGGUGGUGAGGGCCAUCCGAACAGCACUGGUUUGCUGAUCCCUCUCUUCCCUUCUUGACUUGAUACAUAUUUUUUUUUUUCUCUUCUUUCUCAAUAUAGAGAUAUAGACAUAUCUCUUUCAUGGACUAUAUAUACCUCCUGUUGGCGUGGAGCCGUGUGUUUUGGCAUUGGUACUUCUAGCGAUAUAUUUUGGCCUUUCGGUUAGCUACGGAAUGAAAAAUGAAUAUAGAUGAUUACGAUCAUAAA